GGCCUGCUGUGCUGGAGCUGUGAAAUCGCGCUGAUGGUCUGUCACAUUAUUUCUCACUGACACCGUCUGAGCGCAGGAGCACCACGCCAAAAGAUCAGCUCCAAAACACUUUAAAACACACAGCACCGCUCAGCUCCGGUGUUUUUAAUCUGUGAGUGUUUUCUGGCGUGGAAUUGGAGAGGAGGAAGCGAGAGAGGUGGAAUCAUAUAAGCCGAAAGGAAAUGCCAAUCGCUACUACUGGUCAUUCAGCGUCUCGAGAGCCCCGCGUCUGUUCCCCGGACCCUGUCCCCAAGCGUGCUGAUUUAUGCGAGGGCGCAGGGGCCCAGCCAACAGAAUACGGGGGUUCGGAGGGGGGCCACAGCCUAGGCAACACUAGAUUCUCUGGAGCACUUGAGAGCUCUUCUGCGGCUUCUCAUUCACCUCCCUCUUCCCCUUUCCUCCACCACCACCACCAUCAUCAUCAUCAUCAUCAUCACCCCCAUCCAGUGACUAUGGAGCCCCCCAGGACUCGAUCACGCUCGCGGUCUGGAUAUUACCACGGUGGAUUAUCUAACUCGAACAGUAAUGCUGGGAGUGGUGGCGGUGCACUAAGUCCAGCUGGAGGACUAAGCCACCACCACCACCAACAGCAGCUCGGAGCUGCUCAUGGACACACGGAAAACCUGCGCCCGCCCGGGAACAUGCUUUCCCCAGGCGCCCACAGAUACACGGGGCCUGGAACGCACAGAAACUCCGGAGCAGGUGCAAUGGGAGGAGUAUACCACUAUCAUUCAGAGCAUGCGUGUGCUGACGCCACUGACAAGACGGAGGAUUCUCCCAGUCCGAAGAGACAGCGUCUUUCUCAGCAGUCUGUACUGGAGUUUACCUCUGCUCCUCCUUCCACACCCUCACCACCAAUCAGACCAUGGGAGCUUCCGCCCAGUCGCAGGCCACACCCCUAUCCCCACCCACACUACCACCCUGAGCGCUGCCACACACCUGCACGGCACAGACGCAGUCCUCCAGUGCGGCGUCAGCGCGGUCGGCGAGAGCGUCUGUCGCGGCACCAUCCCCCUCAUGGGUCCCCGGGUGGGGGACAGGAUGAAAACUAUCGCCACCAUCCUCACCCACAUUCUCUUCAUCCCUACGGCCAGCCACCAUCCCACCCUCCACCCGGCCUAGAUGAGCCCCGGGCCUUUCACCCCCCGACGCUCUCGCCACGGUUAUUGCACCCCCCGCAGCAGGGAGCUAUUAUGAUGGAUCUCCACGAGCAGCUCCCUCAGGGUACAGUUCCGGUGUCAUAUACAGUUUCUCCAGUUCCGCCCCAUGGUCUACCUGCCCCCCUCUGCACGGGACAGCAUCUCCCAGCAUGCUCUUCUCAACAGCAGGUGCCCACCUGUUCUGUGGUCUUCAGUGGACAGCAACACUAUCCAAUCUGUAGCGUACCUCCUCCUAUGUUGCCGCCAUGUUCAGUGCAGCAUUUGCCAAUGCCGUACGCCGCAUUUCCUUCUCUCCUCUCCAGUGAUCCCCCGUUCCUGCUUCAUCCGCCGCAUCUAUCACAUCAUCCGCCCCACCUCCCGACGCCUGGACAGUUCUUACCCUUCCAGACGCAACAGUCUCGAUCUCCGCUGCAGAGGAUAGAGAAUGAGGUUGAGUUAUUGGGGGAACACCUGUCGGUAGGUGGAGGGUUUAACUAUCCCCAUUCGGGACAUCCUAGUCCUCUGCCCCCUUCCACCCCACUGCAGUUCCUCUCCCAUGAACCCCUGCCCCAGGAGCUCUUUGGAGUGCCGUAUCCACACUUCAUGCCUCGGCGAAUCACAGGCAGACGUUACCGCUCUCAGCAGCCUGUACCUCCACCUCCUUACCACCCAAGUCUGCUGCCCUACUUCCUAUCUGUUCUUCCAGUCCAGCCAACAGCAGUGGGUCCCACCAUUAGCUUGGAGCUGGAUGUAGAUGAUGGAGAGGUUGAGAAUUAUGAGGCUCUGUUAAACCUUGCGGAGCGUCUUGGAGAAGCGAAGCCUAGAGGUUUGACAAAAGCCGAUAUCGAACAGCUGCCUUCCUACAGAUUCAACCCCAGCAACCAUCAGUCAGAGCAGACUUUGUGUGUAGUGUGCAUGUGUGAUUUUGAGUCUCGUCAACUGUUGAGAGUACUGCCCUGUAAUCAUGAAUUCCAUGCCAAGUGUGUCGACAAAUGGCUGAAGGCUAACAGAACCUGUCCUAUUUGCCGAGCCGAUGCCUCUGAAGUCCAGCGGGAUUCUGAGUGACGCUGCUCCCCGAACACGAACACACACCACUGAACACUUCAGUCAUUCUCCCACCGUUACAUUCAGUUAACUUCCACAUGCAUAAUUACUCCUCGCACACAGAUGACUGCUGCAAAGAUUCAUAAAAACUUUAUGCAUCAAAAGCAUCGUUUGCUAUUCAUCUAUGAAUAUCCAACUAAUUGAGACACACACAAACUCAUCCCUUUGGAUGUUUGAUCACUAAUUCUUUGAGUGGAAGUCCAAAGAUUAUGGUUCAUAUUAUCAUUCUGGUUCUGAGAUUGUUUUUUCUUUUCUUUUUUUUAAUAUAAAUCUAUAUAUAGUUUAGUUCUGCCCUUUGGGGACGGGUGUUGGUAUGUUGCUGUGUGUGUGUGUGUGUGUGUGUGUGUGUGUGUGUGUGUGUGAGAGUGUGAGUGUGUGCACUAACAUUCCCGGCUAUGUGAGCACACUGUGGUGUGGUGGUCUUUACGAAGGUUAAUGUUGUGAGCAUGGGCUUUUAUAUUUUACCAACAAAUAUAGCUAUAUAUAAAUAUGUAUGUAUGUAUGUAUCAAUAUAGAGGGACAAAUUACAAAAUUCAUACUGUUUUUUUUUUUUUUUUUGGGUUAUAAAAAAAUUAUGGAACUGUCUUUUUCCAAAAAUGGAACAAAAGAUUCAAAUGAUAUCUAUAAAUAAAACGGGGCUUUUGGGUGGGUCUUGCUCAAUUAUGAUUUAGCAGUCUUUAUAGAAUUGGAAAACUGUGAGUUGUGUGUGUGCUUCUGUGUGAAAGAGUGUGUAUUUGAGAAUCGGUUGUUUGUUAUUUAUCCCAUAUGUAUGGUACAGAACACUGGCUUGUCGCUCUCACGUUUCUUCUCGUCUGGGAUUGGCUGAGGAUGCGCACUGACAUGACAUUUGAUUGGUUUGGAGGUCCUUCGAUGUAUACUGCUGCAGAAUUUUUUUGUUUUUUCAGUUUUCUUUGCCGUCGGUCACAUUUGCCUUUAAAAUAACCUUUUUUAAGAAAAAACAUUGUGUAUUUCUAAUCCAUAGCCUGUCCUGCAGAUUGAUUAUGUAAUCAAGUCACCACUUUUCUCUUUUAGCACUUAAUGUCAUAGUUUACCCCAAAAUGGACAUUUAGCAGAAAAUGUACUCUUAUAAAUGUUCUUCUUCUGUUGAGCCCAAUAGAUAUUUUGAAGAAUGUUGGUUACCCAGCAGUUUACAUCCAUUGUAUUUUUACUUCCCAAACUAUAGACAUCAUUGGCUGCAAGCAGCUGUUAUAUUACUAACAUUCUUCAAAAUAUCUUCUGUUGUUCUCAACAGAAGAAAGAAACUGAUAGGUUUGCAACAACUGAAGGGAAAUUCAAAUUUAGAGUAAAAAAAUAAUGACAUUUUCUUUUUUUUUUGAACUCCUUUAAGACUUUCAUUUCUUAAAAUAGUGAUCCUUCAUCUUUUUAAACCCGAGCUAAAGUUUCAUUUUUGUGACUUUAGUCAUUAACAUUGCCGCAAUACCCCUGAGUUUACCAAAAUUAGCUGUCACUUUUAAUUUAGGUCAUUAUUUGAUUUCAUAUGCCUUAAAAUUUAGUAAUCAAAGACUCCGUCUUGGAUGUGUGUAUGUACAAUGAGUGUUCAAAGAGUACAGAUUAUAUCGUAGCAUUUCGGUUUCUUUAAAAAGGGAAACGCACAGAUUCUGCAGGACCAAAUGGAGGGCAAUACACACAAACCCCUUGAGAAAUGUGUCAUUUUAGGUACCUUCCUUUCAUCCCUGCAAGGCUCUUGGUCUUAGUAAACGGUUUAUGUCUCUUGUCCUUUCAUUUGCUCUCUCACUGCCCUCUCUAUGUAGUGUUUUUUUUCUUUUUUAUAAUAUAUACAGCCUUCCAGUGCACCCACUCUUACAGCCUCCAUAAGGCUGUUAUAGCCAUUCAUAGCCAUGUGCGUUACUUUAUAAUGAACACUUGAGAUGCGUUAUGACUUAGACGUGUGUUUGUAUGUGUAUGAUUGUAUUCUGUCAUGCAUUGUUAUCGUUAUGAAUGGAUAUAACUGCCUCUGUGUGGCAUUAUGUAGGCUCUAUGACUGGUGUAGAAAGUGUCAUAUGAAUUGUGAUGUAGUCUCAGAGCCUGCAGUGUCUUAAUGAGAGAUGCCUUUAAACCAUUCUCCAGUGUCGUCCGCUUCAGUGUCACAAGUCGAAUUCAUGAGCAGAAAAUGAUGAAUUCUUUAUUCUUUGCAAACAACAAAUGUGCAUUACCUUACUUUGUCAUUCUGUGUUCUAGAAGUUUGAUUUUUCCCUGCUUGGUACAAUAGCAGUUACCUCAGUUUUACUAUUUAUGUUUUUUUCCCCUUAAUCUUUUGCAACACCAAUAAGAGAGCUUAUGAUUUCUCUUGCAUUUGUUUAUUGGUUGUUUUAAUUCUUACCAUUAAAAAUACAAUUGUAUCAUUUAACAUGUUGUAGUUUCAUAUGUAUAAUAUCUGUAACCAAAAUCAUUUGAAGGCUUGAUAUAAAACUUUUUAACAAA